GUGGUGGGCACACUGACCAAACACUGACCACUGAUGAAUACCACGAGCGACGGCUGCCCAGUCUGGUGCCACGCCACAAUCCUGAGCCCCAGCGUGCCCACAGGGGCGAGGACGAGAGCGAGGCGAGGCUGCUUUGGCUCCAAUAUUGAUCUCCCGCGUUUCCCUUACACUGCCCCGGACAAGGGAGAGGGUGGGGACAUGAGCCUGUCACGUCCACCUUCAGCCAUGCCAUGUGGUGUGGGCAUCCUGUGAUCGGUGCCCGGCAGUGAGGGAUGAGAGGGAUGCCCACGAGAAGAGUGCCGGGGAUGAGCAGUGAACACCUUGUGCAUGGGGGGGAGCAUCGCUGAGGGCACCAGGACCUUCGUCGACAAACUCGAGCCCUCGGGGGGACAGAUCGCCCCCCACGAUGACCAUUAUCGACCCCUCGACCUGAGGGCCUCGAUAACCACUGAUGGUCUAUCGAUUCGCCCAUUGAUUGAAGUCCCCGGGUCGACACUCAAUGACCAUGCGGUCGGGAGCGGCGAGGCUCCACCCAUGGCGCGGCCUCCAAUGGGGCGGCGGGACGGGACGACUCGCCCCGCCCAGCAGUGGUCCCGGGCCGCUGGUUGGCUGGCGGUACGCCCGGCUCUGGUACAGUCACGUGACAUGCGUGGACGCACCGAACUCCAGUCAAUCUGUACGUAGCCGAGUGACGGUGCAGUGUGUUGGUGGGGCUCCGCGUCAUUUCGCCUUAUAUCUCCAGCCCAAGGAGUUUAUUCACCCUGGAAUCCGGUGAAAAGUGUGUGUGAAGUUACAGGCUGUGUGUGUGUGGAAGCUCAGGCCUGAAAUCUUAUAGGAAAGGUGCGAAAAGUGAGUAAAAGAGUGCAGUGUGAAGGCUGUGCCUCGGUCGUGGGCCAGACAAGAUGGCGGAGUGGGAGCGAAGGCCGUGAGGAGGUCGCAGUGCCUCAGCCCAGCCCAGGAUUACUAGCACGGAUUUACCCGGGACUCGGACCUUCCUCUUGCAGCAUCUCUCUGCCAACAGUCACAGGUGAUGGCGGCGGCGGCUGCGGGAGGAGGCGGCGGCGGCGGCGGCGGAGGGGCGGCGUCGUCGGCGGUGCAGCAGCUGGGGUCGGCGGGCAUGAGCGUGAGUCUGUCGGAGCUCAACCCUCACUUCGUCUGCGUCCUCUGCUUCGGCUACUUCGUCGACGCCACCACCAUCACCGAAUGCAUGCACACCUUCUGCAAGUCGUGCAUCGUCAACUUCCUCCGCACGAAGCGCCACUGCCCGCGCUGCGACACGCUGCUCACCAAGACGCGCCCCUGCAACAGCCUCAGAGCCGACCGCGUGAUGCAGGCGCUGGUGUUUAAGACGGUGCCCGGGCUCUUCCAGAUGGAGAUGAGACGGAGGAUUGAGUUCUACCAGGGCCACCCCCACGCCGACUACGAGCAAGACGUGGAGGACUUUCAACACUACGUCUUUAGUCCAGACGACUCGGUCAGCCUCUCCAUCCGCUACUACAACUUCAGGGAUGAUGAACCAAGUGAGAAAAACGAGCAGAAAGAAGAACAAGAACAGCAGGAAGGGAAGGGAGAAAAGGAGGAGAAGAAGGAGAAGGAGGAGGAGGAGGAAGAAUCGGGAGAGAACCAAGAGCAGGAGAACAACAACAACAACAACAACAACAACAACAACAACAACAACAACAACAACAACAACAACAACAACAACAACAACAAGAAGCAGGAGGAGGAGGAGGCGGAGGAGAGGGGGCCCGUUGUGAGGUACUUCCGCUGCCCCGCCACGGUGCCUGUCGCUGUCCUGAAAACCCUCGUCAAGACCAAAUACCGCGUGCCUGACCCCUUCAGAGUGGAGUUGCUGUACGGGGAUGACAGACUGCUGGACUCCUGGACGUUGAUGGAGGUGGCUUAUAUCUACAAGUGGAAGAGGGAAGCACCGAUGGAGCUGAGCUUCCAGGUGGUGGCCACAAGAAAGGUGAGGAAGCGACGGCAGCAGUCCGCCGCCCCCAGCGUGGCUGAGGAGACGGAGGCUGCGGCGGCAGACAAUACGGAGCCGCCGGCCGCCGAGGAGCCGCCCGACAAAGUUGCCAGGCUGGAGGAAGCGCCCUGCACCAACACCGUCAUGCUCUCCGACGAACAGACGCCCAUGCACCCGCAACCCCCCACGCCUCCCGAGACCCCCGAGGGAGGACGUGGCAGGGAGGGUGAACAGUUCCCUGUUGAGGGGCAAACCAUCACUGACCUGCAGCUCCCUCACGGCGACGACGCGGACGACAUGGCUGGCAACGAGGCGCCCACGCUGGAAGAGCAGCAGGACGCCGGGCACGUCAUGGAGGAGGAGGCGCCGGAGCUGCAGGCUGAGGUGCCUUUCAGUGUGCAAAAUGGCCUCUCGGAGGAGAGUCCACAGCGCGAGAAGGACGAACCUGACGGCGGCGACGCAGACAGUCACCACAUGGAGGCCAAUGAGGACUUCGACACCUCGAAGGAGUCCAACGAGCUAAUUGUUGACCACGACUCCGAGACGCCGCUGGAGGUGGACACAAGCCACGAGACGGAGCCAGAGGGCGAGGGCGAGGGGGAGGGGGAGGGGGAGGGCGACGGCGACCACGACGGGGAGCAAAAUGGUGACAAAGAGAAGGGCGGCGACAACUCUGGUAACAAUGGGGUGGACGAAGAGACAGACACCGGAAAACACUGCAGGGAUGAUGAGCAGGAGGACAGUGCCAUCGACGUGACGGAGAACAGCCCAAGCGAGCCCAUGGACAGUGACGACAAAGACACUGACCUCAACGUGAGCACCGAGUCGACGGAGCUGGAGGUGGAGGAGCAGCACGAGAGCAGCACCACCACGCGGGAGGUGCAGACCGACGAGGGGCCCAUCAACCUGAGCCAGGGCUGCCGCGGCGACAAGGGGCUCAGGAAGGACUGUUACGUCUUCACGGACAACGAGGACGACGAGGAUGACUACGGAGAGCAGGAGGAGGAACGGGACGAGAUGGGUGCCCUGGACCUGUCCCGCCACGCCCGCAGCGUGAGGGAGGCGAGGACGCAGCGCGAGAGUCUGGAGUCGCCGCCCAGUGACGGAGGAACAAGAGGUGACAACCGCAACGCCCGGGGGCAAGGCACCCAGACGAUUCUCUCCAUCACGCAGAGCAAAAAGUCCAAAAAGCUGAAGCAGCAGUCCGCCUGCACCACUGGCUCGGUCACGCCCACCGCCCAGACGGCGUCCAUCGUGUCGCCCAUCACGCGGCCGCCAAUGGCCCUGGACUGGGCGUGCUCGCCGCUGGUGUCCAAUCCUGUCAACGCUCAGGCGGUGGGCUUCCAUGACCUCAUGACGCUGUCUCACGCAGCGGUUCAGUUGCAGCUAAUGGCCCACCACGCCCAGGCCCAGGCCCAGGUCCAGGCCCAGGCCCGCGCCCAGGCCGAGGUGCAGGCCAGGGCCCAGGCACAGGUCCUCAAGAGCCUCAAGUCCACCGAGUCUCUGAGCUUCAUCAACGGCUCGGGCGACACCCUCACCAUCAGCCCCAUCACAACCUCCUCGCCAGAAGUCAAAUCCAAGACCACCUACUCCAAGGCCGUCACCAAGACCCACCACACCCCCAAGACCGUCAACGGCAGCUCCUACAGCAAAAACUUCAGCAACAAGUCGCACCACACGCACAAGUCCGGGGGAAGCAUCCCCAGCCCCAACAACAACAAGGUCAGCAGCACCAUCAACCACGGCAGCAUCCGAACAACAAUCCCGAAGUCCGCCCUCGCCACCUCCCUCAAGAUCCCCAACGUGUCCUCCGUCAGCUCCAAGACCAACGGCACCACCUCCCUCUCCUCGCCCAAGCCCGAGAAGGACCACCAGGAGAGGACAGGCGACCCGGUCUUCAAGAUAACCAACCAGAAGUUGGCGGAGUUUGUCAGGCGGCAGCACCAGGAGCAGAAGAUGAAGCAAAGAAACAACAACUUCAAGUCCAGCACGACCUCCACCACCACCACCUCCUCCUCCUCAUCCAACCUGAGCUCAUCCACCUCCCCCUCCACCUGCCCCUCCUCGAAGCCUCACACCAAUACCAACACCAGCCUCAAAGUGGCACCCAGUUCCAUGUCCACCACCACCAGCCUCAGCAGCUCCGUCAGCCGGCCGCCCACGGGCUCCAGCCAGAGCAUCCGUGCCACCAACACCAGCGUGCGGCAGAUCCCCAACCCGUCGCUGCUCCGCCAACAGUCAGAGUCACGCAUCACCAGCGGCCUCACCGGGCUGGGGCUCGGCUCCCGGCGGCCCUCGGAAUCCAUCAGCAGGAUCGAGAGUCUGACGCGCUCCUUGCACGAGAAGGUGGCCGCCUCGUCCCUGGCGGCGACCAUCAACUCGGCGGCCAGAUAAGCGGAGGCGCAGCGAGACCCACGACUCGCCUUGUGGCCGCUCAGCCACGCGAUGACUCAGCGCUGCGUCAACCUGUUCACGAGGAAAAAACGACUGAAUUCACUGACUCCAGCGUCCCUCCGCACCGCGGCAGUGCUGUGUAUGUAGACUUGGUGCUAGAGGUGUCGUGCUUUUACUCCCUGUACAAAGCGGUGACGUGUAAAUAUGGCCGCCACCCCCGGAGGAGUGUAGCAGGGGCGGCUCCGCGGGGCUGCGAGGAGACUGUGCCAGCGUGGCGCGCCUCCCGCCCCGCCCCGCCUUCCUCAUCUGCUGCAGGAGGCCCCGCGCGGCCCCUCAGCAUCGUGCGCGUAUUCCAUUGACAAAACUUUAUUGACUCUAGUGAAGUAGAUCUGACACCCUGUGGGACUGUCCACGUUACAAACAGUGAUAUAGUAUUUAACGGUAGCGAAGUAAGGACGAUGAACCUUUGCUUGUAAUCUGGCUUUAAUUUGAACUUAUACGGAGGCAGCGACGACUGCGGGCGGCACCUCGCUGCAGGCCGCUGCACCUGUGCACCACCUGUCACGCCAUGAUGCUCCGUCAUCAUUUCUUGUCCUCAUUUUUCCCGCCAGUCAGCGGCCCGCGUCGCGCUGCCCCGUGUCCCGUGCACGACCGGGGAGGCCCACCUCCGGGCGCCCCGCAGUCGUCCAGCCGCCGCCUCACCAAAGAGCUUUGCCGAUGCCGACUCCCUUUAUUGUUUCUGCUCCGUCGUGUGUACAUAGGCAGUUAGUGAUAGCAUAGCCGUGUUUAUUAUUAUUCCAGUUGAGUGUCGCAUAUAAUCACAACUCUUUCUUCUUGUCUUCCUUCCUGUAGUUCUUGUACCAUAUAUAUGCACAUUGUUAUCUCGGGCAAGACAGGACACUCCGCCUGGCUUCUCUUCUCCCGUGCAUCAUACUCCACUGCGUAUUACUGUUCUUAUUUAUACCCGUGACCUGUGUCGUAGUGCUUAGCCCCCGCCCCCCCACCCGCGGCGCCGCCACGCACGCAUGCUGCAGCCGCGACGCCUGCCUGCCCGUGGCGGCGCCCUCAUCGCCCCCACACCCUCACCCGCUGUUGAUUGUUUACUGUGUUAGUUCCUGAGUGUGGGUGACGCCGAAGGAGGAUCAAAUCUCACACAGCCGCUCUCCAGCCUCUCGUGGGGCCCCUGGCGGCUGGCCUUUGUCUCUCCCUCUGUCCUGGUGACGCGAAGACUCUGCCUCCGACGGGGAACAGAGACUCCAGAUGAGGACGUGAAGCAGAAAGCAGCACAGUGCAAGUAGCUACAGAUUGCUCCUCGGCAGUGUACAGGCGAGGGAGGAGGGUGAUGGUGGUGGUGGAGGGAGUGGAAUGACGCGUGAGGAAAGGUUACGUUAGGUCGCCAUUCCCCGCUCCCCCUCCCUCCCCCAGCACCUCCCUCUCCCUACCUCCUUCCUCCUUCCCCCCUCUCCCAUGCUCUCCCUCGCUGGUCCCUCUCAAAGUCCAGCCAGUUUUCGGUUAUGUUCCUGAGGAAAUUAUUUUGCGUUACAGUUGUAAAUGAUCCACAUUAUUAUUGUUGUAUCCAUUAAUAUUAUUUUAUUAUUUAUGAAAAAGAUAAGCGUGCCAUGAUGAUGAUGAUGAGGAUAAUGAUGACGAUGAUGAUGAGUUUGUUCGUUUGUUUGUUGUUUCCCGUGACUUAUUUGUGUGAAUGUUAGUCAGUACGUAUGUGUGUUCGUAUGUGUGGUUUUCUGGUCUCCCUUGAGGGCAUUCAGCUGGAUUUUCUGCGGUUACUGCAAGCACACACACACACACACACACUCACACACACACACACACACACACACACACACACACACACACACACACACACACACACACACACACACAACACUUUGGCACGAGAAAGGCAACACACUGCACCAUCAAAGCCUGCAUGUAUCAAGUAUCAAAAAAUCUACAAGGAGUCAGAUCAAGAGAAGAUCCCCGAACGAUCCUUUCCCGCAUGAAUCAGCGACAAAAACAAGACUUUCCCUCAACUUUAUAAACGACAGAUGCGAAGCUUUCACUGGACUCUUUAAUUAAACGACAGACAAAAGUUUUCCUUAUACUCUACACGACACUCGCAUAAAGCUUUACCGGAACUCUAUGAAUGACGGAUAUAUAAGCCUUUUUUUUACACCUUAAACGACAGAGACAAAGCUUUCCUUGGACUCUUUUAAACGACAGACAUAAGCUUCAAUUGGACUCUAUGGACGACACACAAACACUCUCUUUGGACUCUAAACACUAAACGACAAAAUCCCAAAAUCCAUCGCCUUCUUCCUCCUCCUCAGCCAAUGACUCUCCAAGGCACUCCCGACGCGGCUGUAUCUCCACCAGGUAGUACAAAAUGCAUUAUGAGAUAGGGCCGUUGAUGCAGCCGACCGUCCUCAGUUCCUAUAUCCGUCUUUUUGUCCCACGUUCAGGAAUCUAAUCUAACGCACCCCCUUAAAGUCAGAAGCUCCUUGAUUCGCAGCUUAAAGGUGUUGAAAUGCAGUUCUGAUGAUGCCAGUAACAAAGACUCGUCACUUCUGUCACUCAUACUAACACGAACACCGUCAGACUGAUUUCAUACCACCUUCACACACGCCUCAACACAGCAACACCAGCCGCACCUCAACACAGCGCAUUCAUACCAUCCGCUCACCAGCCAUCAACAUUCAUAUAGCUUCGUAUCAUUCACCCAGCAACACCCCGAACACAAACACAAACCAUGCUCUCGCCCAUAAGAAGAAACACACCAACACAACUUGAUAACUGACUCUGACACGCGACGCAACACACCGACACCACACAACUACCAACAGCAAGAUGAACAGUACAAACGGCAUGCAACACAAAGCCUCAACACUACCCCCCCAAACAUCAACAUAGCAACUUGGAGGCAGGCAAACACGCACGAUCCCUCUAACAGCAACACUUCAACACUACAGUCACGCCCACGGCAAACUGCUACCUGUCCAACACAAACAACCACAACACAACACUCAGGAAUGCACGGCGCACAAAGCGUCGUGUGUGUGUGUGUGUGUGUGUGUGUGUGUGUGUGUGUGUCCAGGUAAUACACUCAACACUUAGGGCAUUCAUGACUCCCCUCUCCCCCCUCCCCCCCGCGUGAUAUAUACAUUCGUGUGUUUGUGUUGUAGUUAGUAUGAAUGGCAUACGCGUCUCUAUGUUCAAAAUCUACACUUAAAGAGUAUAUAUAUUUACUGUUGCAAGGGUCAGUUUUCAUGAAGGGGGUCCGUCUUGCGCGGCGCCCGUUCUUCCUCCUCCUCCCCCUUCUUCUGUUGCUCUGUGCUCCUCGUUGUGGGCCCCGCGGCAGCUUCAUCCCCUGGGUUCACGCCCGGAGGUGGGUCUGCCGCAGGGAACGUUCUGGGUUCGUCUUCAUUUAUAUAUUUCUCUUCUUAUCUGCUAUUUGUUGGUUACCAUUUCUUGUUGUUUUGUUGUAAUAUUUUUUUAUCAUUAUGUAUCUUCCGUGCGUCUUCCGUUCGUUCUCUCCGCCUCUUUUAGUGUCUGUUCUGUGGUCGCCUGAGCGUGGCUUGUCUCAGUCAGUCAAUCAGUGUGUGUGACGCCGUGACGCACGGAGCAUUUACGGUCAGUCCUCGUGUUCGUGCCGUGAUCGUGUCCGCAAGGCGGCCAAGGGAGUGAAGUACCCUUGGAGCUGAUAGCGGCGGCGGCGGCGAUGGCGGCGACAGUGACCCCGACACACCGGCUGGUGCUGCGCCCACCACCACUGCCGCCAGCACAGUACUGUAUGAUACACACACACACACACACACACGCUGAGGGGCGCCAGGCGUGCUGCCCUCAGCCGCGGCGUCCAGCACACGUCGAUAGGGUCGCCUCCCCCCAGCGGGCCGCCCAGUGCCCGGCGUGCCGCCAAGAGUGGGAAUCAUAGUCAUUAAAAGAAACAAACAGACAUGUACCUGAACCUCGAUGCCAAUACCCGCCUCUAGCCACGCCAGAACGGCAGCCUGGUGCCCCGACCCAACCCAACACGCCACGCCACGCCACGCCACCCCCACGCCGCCCCGCCCCUUGUAGACGAUGAUGGCCCGCUAACACGAGGACUGACUAACUUGAUAUGUGUGUGUGUAUAUAUAAUAUAUACACACAUUGUCCGUGCAUCAGCUGUCACGCCGAGGCCGAGGUUGCCGGCGACUCGCUCCUUGAUUCUUUUCCACACCCAAUAAGUGCACUCUGUAGGGGUACAGUGGACGGUGCUUGUUUUGUAUCAUCGCAGUCAUCACAUGUAGAGGUGACCCAUGGAGAAAAUAUAGUAUACUGGAUAAUAACUCAUGUCUUACU